UCUUUAGCUUGUACCGAGUGUUUGAUCGGUCGGAAGCUUUGAGACGAGUUAACGUUUAUAUUUCCUCAGUUUCAGGGUUUAUUUUUGGGGCUGGUUUUUUUUCUGACUCCCGUGGAGCCCGCUGUUGACCGUGAGGAAAUAGCUUCGCGUGAAAUUAUCUCCAGACGCCAGAUUUAUCGAGCCCAAACCGCACAAAGUUGUUAGGCAAGCUAAGCUAGCUUAGCCUACCUAGCGAACUCUUAAGCUAGCUCACAAGCUAACUUAGCUUCGCAGUGCUGGUCGGAGCGUCGUUGUUUUUUGUCGCUGCAUCGCAGCUGCACGUGGCUUCACACCCCUGAAAACUGAAAACUGGUCAGGGUUAAGAGCAAUACGCCGGUUGCUUUCCUUGCUUCCUUUGCUAGCGUGCUCGAUUAUAGCCUGCUAGCUAACACCCUGCGCAUUUUAGCCUGGAAGCUAAAUUCAAGGCCUCAAGUCCAGCACUACUAACCACCAGAGUGUUUUUUUUUUGCAAUUGCCGUGCAGGUGUGAGAGUUGACAGCUUCCUUGGUGACACAGAGACUUCUCCCUGAGGAGCCAAGAAGCAGACGGCUCAUGACUUCUGACCAGGACACGAAAGUUGUAGCUGAACCACAGGUGCAGCAAGUACAAGAGGCAAAAGAGAGCUCUCAUUUGGAAUCCGCCAAGGUUUCGGACCUCAACCCCAAUGCGAAAGCAUGGGCCAACCACAUGUUUAGCCUGGACCCCAGCGGGAGUGCUGACACCACAACUGCUGCCCUACAGCCAUGGAAGGAGGGCUGCAAUAGUUCGACCGAUCCCGGCCCAGAAGGCUAUGAAGCCAGCGAAGACAAGGCGUUCAAGGAGCCCCUACUAGCCGACCCGGAUGAGCCUCCACCGGUGCCGGUGAUGCUGGCCGAGGUGGCCCCCGUGGCCCUGGAGAGCUCCGAGCCGGCCUACACGGAGUACCCCGAGCCGGGGCAACCAGAGCGCACAGGCAGCGACCCUCAGCCAGAGAGUCCUCAGGAGGGUCUGAGGGAGCACCUGAAGAAGACUUUGGAGUUCUGUCUCUCCAGGGAGAACCUGGCCAGUGACAUGUACCUCAUCUCCCAGAUGGACAGCGACCAGUAUGUGCCAAUCGUGACGGUGGCCAACCUGGACCACGUCAAGAAGCUCAGCACCGACGUGGAGCUGAUCGUGGACAUUUUACGAUCUCUGCCAUUGGUCCAAGUGGAUGAGAAGGGGGAGAAGGUGCGGCCCAAUCAGAACCGCUGCAUCGUGAUCCUCAGAGAGGUUCCAGAGAGCACGCCCAUCGAGGAGGUCGAGGCUCUUUUUAAAGGGGACAACUUACCCAAGUUCAUCAACUGUGAAUUUGCCUACAACGACAACUGGUUCAUCACCUUUGAAUCAGAAGCAGACGCACAGCAGGCAUAUCAGUAUCUCCGUGAGGAGGUGAAGACGUUCCAAGGGAAGCCUAUUAAGGCGAGGAUAAAGGCGAAGGCGAUCGCCAUCAACACUUUCAUGCCAAAGAACGGUUACCGGCCGGUGGAGGUGAACCCGUACGCCCACCAGCAGCACCAGCAGCACCAGCAGCAGCAGCAGCAGCAGCAGCAGCAGCAGCGCUACACGUCCUACUACAUCCCGCCGGUUUACAGCCCCCAGCAGCAGUUCCCCCUGUACAGCCUCAUCACGCCGCAGGCCUGGUCGGCCACACACAGCUUCAUCGACCCCACGCUGGUUGCACCGUUUCACAACAACCAGUUCAUCAAUGGAUUCACCACAUCACACGGUUUCAAACCAGCGACGUCCCCGCUCACCGUCAGACACUACUCGCCCAGAAACAGGAAUCACAGUAAACCUCACCUGAGGCCGACCCUCCCGACGGUGGACCGCAGCAGCGCGGGACUCCUGGACAACCCGGGCCUCUUCCCCAGCUUCCCCAGCGAGAGGCUCAACGGGGUCCGCAGCAGUCCGCCGACUCGACUCCCCGCCAGCCAGCCCAGGACCCGGUUACCCUCUGCCGCCUUCCCCCGCAGGGACACCGUGGGCACGGGGCGAGUGACGGAGCCAACGACCCCCGACUACUCCCUGGGUAUCGGCCGAGGAAGGAAAAAUGUUUCUGCUUCUAGGAAAAAGAGGGACGAAAAGUUUACAAGAGUGACGCCUCAGUCGCCGCCUCCUCCCCCCAAACCCCCGUCUCCGAGCUUCGAGCUGGGCCUCUCCAGCUUCCCCCCGCUGCCCGGAGCAGCCGGCCACCUCAAGACCGACGACGUGUUCGACAACCGGCUGGCCAGCAGCAUCGUGGUCGGACACGCCAAGGAACGGAAUGUAAGUGCUGAUUCCAGUACCGGAGGAGCGCUGUCUCCAGCGGGCCCCAAAGAGCCACUUCGGUCCUCCUCCUCCCCGAUGCCCACGAGCUUCCAGCCGUCGCCGACCGCCCCCCCGGCCUCAGCCCCGACCCCGACCCCGACUCCGGCCACCGGCACGCCACACAAUCCGGCUCCCUCCCUCCCAGCAGCGGAGGUGAAGGUGACGGAGGUGAAGCCGAAGGAGGCGCAGUCGUCUGUGGAGCGAGUCCCUGGCACUCUGUCCACUGCAAGCAAAUCAGUGCAAGUCAACGGCGCUGCCACAGAGCUGAGGAAGCCGUCCUACGCUGAGAUCUGCCAGCGGGUGAAGGACGCCCCGACGUCACAGCACCAGCAGCCGCCGACCCCCAAGGAAGCCAAGCCAGCCUGCGCUGCCCCCGGGGGCGAGGAGAGGAAGUGCCCCGACGCCGCCGCCCCGACAGGGGAGGCCAAGGCCAGAGAGACAAACUCCUCCUCCAAACCGGCCGUCAGACCCCCGAGGGAGGCCCGGAGGCCGGCCGGGCGGUGGGCCUCUCCUCCCCCGCACCCAGGGAAACCCCCCAGCAGAGAUCCUCACCACACCCCGCCCAAGUCCCCGCAGUAGGGCGAGUCCCCCCGCCCCCCCACCACCACCACGCUCCACAGAUGCGUUAAAACAAAAAAAGGAAAUAUAAGUCAGGGCUACUCAAUACUUAUAUCCCCGAAUCACCGGUCACAAACGAGAAUAGAGGACGCCUUCUUUUCUGGAUCAGGGCUUGCAGACAAAAAGCACUUUACUGUGCAUGUAGAGCACCAGUUGCAUUCUUUUUCUUUUUAUUUAUUUACUUUUUUUUUUUAUUUCUCCUUUUCUCUCUUUUUUUCUUUGUUUUGCAUCACGUAGUUGUGUCCUUUAAGUCGGCACAGACGACACUGAAAUUCACUCAUUCUGUUCGAACGGCCUUGUGCGAUUUAAAUUAGUCAGAGGGCCAUUGUUGGAAGUGGAUGACGGGAACGCGUGCGCACAACAGACUCCGCCUUGUUUGGCUCUCGCAGUGAGGGGUUUGUCUGCAUGCUGAGGGGCACCGUUGUGCAACUUGUAGCUUAAUUAUGGGUCAUAAUCAGCAGAUGUGUUUUUUUAAUACAUAUUCAAAAUCCAUAUGCAAGACUUGACAUCGAAAUCUCAUCAAGAUCCUUUUGGUGUAAAUCGCCUCAAACUGAUUUUUUUAUUUUGCAGAUUUAUUUACACUAGAUGACUUUUGCGAUUUCUUCCUCAUCAUCUUCUCUGUAAAGAAUCGCCUCCCUCUGCUGUGUUGUUUUUACUGUUUGCUAACAAUGCUACCUGGCUGGCUGUGUUGCAUAGCUUGUGUCUAACGGCCGUGAUGUGAUGUCAGCGCUGGUUUGUUGUUGUUUUUUAAGCGUCGGACAAUAGCGGCUCGCGGAAAACAGAUGAGGUGGACGGUGUUUCUGUUGAGUUGCUCGCCGCGUUUGUAAAAGAUGUUUAAUGAGUCAAGGGGGGGGGGGGGGGGGGGCCUGCAUUUUCUUGGCAUUUUAUGGGAAAAGCGGAGCACGCUCUCCUUUAAUUUCCUAUUUAAGAAAAAAGAAACUGGAAUGAAACUUCUCAGCAGGCACAUACUGUCAAACGAAUUUAAAGUCCAGCUGUGACGAUUAACAAUGGACGCUUCGCGGCGGAAGCGGUUCGGUUUCGACGUGACAAAAGAGUUAAAGUCUCCUGCGUGUGAAGUUCACCAAAAAAAGCGGCACGAGUUCACAGUUUUGAUGCAGAGAUCUGGUGCUAGAACGCUGAUGCUCAUCUUGUCUUGAUUUACAUCCACAGAACUUCAUUUGCACUGUUAGUGGGUUUUUUCAGACUCGCUGGUAAAAUUUGAUGAUAACAACUGAAGCGGGGAAGAAAAAAAGGGAAUUUAUUCUGAAAAUCAAGGGAAGAGGAAAAAGUUACAAAUGCAAAUUCGUUUUUCCAGAGGCAAAUCAUCUCGCUGAAGCCUUUAGUGGAGUCUUUGUGCCUUGUGGAUGCCUGUUGAACACACUGUACUGAAGGACGGAUGUUUUUAGUCACAUGACUCGUUUGGCGGCUCGUUGCUCGGAUGCUAAUUUACAUUUCUGCUGAAGGAGUUGUUUCAGCGUGCGGUGGUUUGGAUUCUGGGCUCUGGUUCUGUAUCGGUGAGGACUCGCAUAGAAAGUGAGACGGUUGAGUCGAAGGUUUUACGAAAGAAACGCUGAGUUGUUUUCUGACGUGUUGGAGCGUGGAGUUAGUGGAGUCUGGCAUGAACCAAACAUACUUUUAAGGAUUAAACACAUAGACGAGAGCAGGAAACAGUCGUGUGAAAUCCAAACCUCGGGGGGGUGAAGAUGAAGAUGUUCAGCUCCUUUGUCUUCCUCAGCGUCGAUCCAGUCUUCACCACUCUUCACCACUCUGGUUGUCUUGUUGUUGUUUUUCUGUCGGCAUGCUCCCUCGUCGGUUUCCUCGAGUUCCAGUUUGCACACUUUUUAUUUGAGGUGUGUGUGUGUGUAUAUAUAUAUACAUACAUACAUACACAUACACACACACAUAUAUACAUACACACACACACACAUACAUACAUACACACACACACACAACUCAAAUAAAAAUUAUAUAUGAAGAUUGGCCGAAGCACACGUUGUUCUUACUGCUUCACUCCUGUCGUUCUUGCUUGGAUUAAGUUCAGCACCUGACGGAGGUUAAAUUUAAAAGCACAGAGUGUAAAAAACCUUUUUACAUCUAGAGGAUCGGAGACGCUAACGCUUUAGCGACCACACAGAUUCAGGCUCAGUGGGAUGUAUUUUUGGGGGGCGUAGUGAGGCCGUUUGUCGGCCGUUUUCCUUCUUUGUCAGCGUGAGGGAGCGGGGGAGGAAGAAAGUUAAAAUUGCAGCUUUUGGUCUGGAGGUCUGUCUUCUGUAGCAGCCACUGUGGCAGAUAACCAGCCACGUCUUGGAUGUUUUACUGUAUUCUAAAAAUGUAAUCUGCUGGCGAAAUGAUACAAAAAGAAUGGUUAGUGUAAGAGUUUUGAAACUGCAAUUAUGAAACGUCAAAGGUUUGGAGGGGGCGUACCAGACUUGAGGUGAUUUUCUUUUCUUUUGUUUUCCUCCCUGAUCAGCCGAGUUCUCGGGUUUAAUCUCUUUUCAACCUCCGAUGCAAAACACCCGUAAAACAAAAACACUGUACAAUACACAACGUUUCUUUGAGGGGAAGCAAGCCCACAUGAAGCGGGACCUCGCAUGUCUCGCCAAAGUCUUCCUGCAACAAGAAGCAUUCUGGGUAAUCCCACUAAGAGAAAACAGCCCAUCCC